ACCAAUGGUCGGCGGCGGCGGCGAUGGACUGGGCGGCCGUAUUAACCGACGUGUGGGUGACUUAUCGCUGGCCCCGUCUCAGCUUUACUAAUGAUAUGGAUUGGAGAACACCGGCGAUGCUGACCAGCGCUUCGGGCCAUACAUUGACUUACAGUGAAAUACGAUUCAAAUGUGACGAAUGCUCGCAAACCUACGGCACUGACCGUCAGCUCAAACGGCACCAAAUGUGCCGACACGGCGUACGUCAAUCCAAUUCUCGCGAUCGGGAGCCACGCGAUCGCCAGUACGACAAAGGGUCACAUUUGGCGGCACACAUACGGGACAAACUCGGCUACCGGUGCCCAUACGACCGCUGCGCGCGACGGUUUGAAUCCUAUGGUCUUCUGCAGGGGCACCGACUCAGAGCCCACUGUCCCUACCGAUGCGAUUACGAGCCCUGCGACCGGCGGUACUCUACUAACGAUGCGCUACGCGGGCACCAGCAGUCGUGUUGUUAUCGGUUGGACGCUCGGCGCACACUCUCCACGUCGUCGUCGCACAGAUCCACCGAAAAGACCUAUCGGUGCGAUGUUUGCCCGCAAAGGUUUAGCAAACGGGCUCUACUCGACGCCCAUAUCUGUUGGCCUCAGAAGCGCCGGUCCGGACACUCCGUAACGCCCGACGGGCGCCGCUUUGAGGACAGGGAGAGUGAGAGGGCCCGCAACCGAUCAGUCAGUACCACAACCGACGCCGGAGACCAGACACCGACUAACGUAUCGCACAAAUUGGUUGACCCGUCCGUAGCGCUCAAUACGGCCCACAAUAAUAGCCAAACGUCGGACUCGAUUGAGUUGAACAACAAGUAUGUGAAACACACAUCCGAUGCCAAACCGCGGACAUCGAGUGAUCGUUCGCGCCGUCGGUGUUGUGUAAACUGUGGCACAACUGACGCACAGAUGUGUCGUACGAAUGAUGUGGAGGAAUAUGUCUGUAAGAGCUGUGAUCUCAAUAAUAGGUCGCAUAAUAAGUCACAAAAAACAUUCAAAUGCAAUGAAGAAGAUUGUGGAUUUUAUAGGUUUGGCUGCACUAAAGCCAAUGAACCUGAGCUCAUCAGUCAUAACAAUUACUGCAUCAAAAACCGCAUAACAACUGACCAAUCGGUGCCCAAAGCGAUGGCAACAUUAUGUUCAUUUAAAUGCGAUUAUAAGGAUUGUUGCGGAAUGUUUGCCACCGAAGAGAUAAUGAAGAAGCAUAAGAAGGCUGUUCAUCAAAUGCCCGAUCAGUUGUCGUUGACUCAAGAACUGCCCGCUGUUUCCAUUGAUAACACUGUGAGUAAAGUAUUGUCCAACGCUUCCAGUGAUCGUACAAUAGCUGAAGCGAUUCCAAAUCUUAACCUUAUUGUCAACGCAUCCAAUGGUGGUGUAAGCGCUGAUGAGGACAAUAGUAGCCGAUUAUGGGAUACACUGGUAAGAGUGGUCAGUCAGCCGCCAGCGAUUACCGUAACCCUCACCGACUCAGACAUGAGUGAUGUUAUUCCCGAUACGAUUCCAGCGCUCGACACCAGCGCCACGUCAGCCGGCGAUAAGUCACCGACCGGUCCAUUAGUGCCGCCGCCGUUACCGCCGCCCAGUUUUAUGACUGCACCACUUGUGUCGCCCUUUUCAGUGCUCUCUGAUAUGUCUUCAAUAUCAUCGACAGACACUCAUCAGAGGUAUCGUAUUCCUUCACUGACUUAUGAAGAGAUUGUGAAUCAGAGUUAUGACCGAUUGAAAUGCGAUUACGAAAACUGUGGCAAAAGUUUCUUCACUCAAAGCCGAUUAAAUUUACACAUUAGGCUAAGACAUGCCAUCAAAGACAACACACAGUUCGGGGAACCGAUCGGCAGAUCAUCUCAUGUCAGACACCAGUCAUUGAGUGCAGCACUCGAUGACAGACAACAGAUGCAAGUAAUCACUACCACUGAGCCAUCACUGGCGACAACCAGCACCACUUUCAAUCCCGACAGCCAAUCGCUGGACAAUAAGCGACAUAAUGAUUCGGACUCUGAUAUCGAACUCAUUGGUAGAGUUCCGGCGCCCAAACGGCCCGCACGUAACCGAUCGCCCGUUGAUAUCAAGCCAUCGCUCAUAGAUUCCAUACCUCUGGUGCCGGAAAUAGUCAACCGAUCGCUGAUUGACAUAAAGCCCGUGAUAAACACCAGCCCUCCGGAGUCGUCAACUGUCCAUAACUCACCUCUCGUUACAACAACUACUGGUGCCGGUAAUGAGCGCUCACAUGAGUUAGGGUUGGAUAUACACCGCUGUCCUGAAAGUAAUACUAGUAAUAAGGAAACACUGGUUCCGUCGACGACCACCACUACUGUCAUCAGUUCGGGCCCUACAGUGGCUUCCAGUGAGAAGCCAUACAAAUGCGAUAAAUGCGGUCAGAGUUACGGUCGCGACCGAGAGCUCAAACAACACCGGGAGCUCCGACACGGCGUACGCGAGCCGUACCGAUGCCAUCAACGCGACCGCCGGUACGACAAAGAGUCACAAUUGACGGCACACAUGCGGGACAAUCGCAGCGCGCGGGUCCGUCGCUACCGGUGCCCAUACCCGCAGUGCGACCGGCGGUUUAAAUCGCCGCGGCUUCUCGAGGAGCACCGUCUCAGAGCCCACUGUCCCUAUCGAUGCGAUUACAAGCCCUGCGACCGGAGGUGCGACACCAGUAUUAGCCUACGCGCGCACCGUCAGUCGUGUAGGUAUCGGCCCGAAAAGCCCCAAAGAACAUUCAAAUGCAAUGAAGAAGAUUGUGGUGAAAAUUUCAACGCAAAAGCGGAUCUAAUUCGACACAAACGUACUCAUCGUUUCGGGAGAGAAACCAGUUGUUCAUCUAGUCCAUCGAUGAGCUCGAAUACUCCACAUCUCCAUUAUAUGACGGCUAAACCGGAUGUCGUCGGGUGUGGCCAUAUCGGGCAUAUGGAAUGGUAUGCCAAACACAUAGGUCAUGUCAGUGGCGUGACAAACGCCCUUGGUGGCGAUGUCACAGUUACACAGUUUGGCCAUCACCGGGCUAACAUAAGUGAGCUGGUAGAAAUAAACAUUAUGCGCGUUCGCCUUAACGUUACGGGCAAACUGUUUGGCAAACAUAUAUGUGGGACACGUGAUAGUGAGAUGGCCUGUCAAGUCGUAAAAUGCCCACCGGAGGGCCGAUUCGCUGGAAGUGUUAACACCCUU